AUGACGUGUUAUCGCAGCAUGACGCUGAGUGACACGCUGCAGUUUAAUUUUGUGAAUUUGGACCAGCUAACGGAGACUUACAACACAUCCUUCUAUGGCGAGUACGUGACGCACUGGCCCGAGUACCAACGCAUGUGCGUACACCCCACCACCGGCAUUCCAAUGGCCUACACGCUCGGCAAGGCGGAGGGACAGGGCGAGGAUUAUCACGGACACGUAUCCGCUGUGUCUGUGGCGCCAACAUUUCGGCGUGUUGCCCUCGGUGAGACACUCAUGAUUGAGCUGGCUCAGGUAAGCGAGUUUGUGCACAACGCCUACUUUGUCGACCUCUUCGUCCGAAAGACUAACCAGGUGGCGCAGGACAUGUACCACCGGCUGGGGUAUAUCGUCUACCGACGAGUACUCAACUACUACCACGGUGAUGGCCCUAAGGGCCCGUUCAAGAAUGACGAGGACGCGCUGGACAUGCGCCUCGCCCUCUCGCGGGACCAGGAGCGCCAAAGGAGUAGCGUCAUUCCGCUAGAUCGGCCCAUCAAACCGGACGAGCUGGAGUGGGCGUGA